AUGUAUAUAGGUGUGGGCUAUUCUGAAAGUCUAACCGUGGUCUGGAGUAUUUCUUGUGUAGUUGUGAUCCAACUUCCCCGCGGCUCAAACCUUUGCGAUUGUCCAAACUGGAACAACACUUCUCUGGGGAAGCAGAAAGCGCAAGGACUGGUUGAGAAAAUACAUACUAUCACAUGUGACCUGGUCGACAUUCUGGGAGGUUCACAGUAUAACGGUGCUAAGAUCAAAACACUCACAGGAGGCUUCACCGAGAGUACAUUAACCACAACAAGUACUUCUGGUGACGACAGUCCGACCAUAGCCCCUGUGAUUGUGCCAAGCGGCAACACCCUCUGGUUUCUUGGAGGAUGUAUAUCAUCUUUCACAAACCCGAGCAUUCGCAUCAACCUCCCAUAUUUUUGUGUUGGGGUCUUUGGGUUCAAGAUUGGGAAUUGCACAUCUGAUAAAAACAAAGAUAACGGCAAAUGA